CGCUAACGAACCCGUUAGAAAUCCGCUAUCAAACUCAAUCUUAGGCGGUUAUGUCAGCAUCCGGAGUUAAUCCGGGGGCUUUCGAAGCUUAGAAGAGAAGCUUCAAACCGUCCGAGCUUUAAAUUUAAGAAAAGCUUCUCAAGCUUUGCUUUGCGCUGCGCUCAUUUUCGUGAAUUGAAGGCUGGAAUGCCUCCUCGAAUAAGUUUACGGCCUAUGAGGCGCCGUAAUCCUCUUUCUUUAAAGACACAGGUAUCGGAUAUUACUUCGGUCUGUUUCUUUUGUUCCUUGUCCUGUCGACCUAAAGCCGAAUCUGUUCGACGUCCGAGACGCAAAUCGCAAAAUCCUCGUCGCUUUGCUUCGACUACGCCGAUUAGUACCGACCGCGCAGCACUCAGUUCUCGAAAGGAGUUGGAGAACGUUCUCCUCGAACUUCAGAAAUAUGCUUCCAAUUAUGUCAAUCUUUCUCGCUUACAAUUGGCCCUCAAUGGCUUGCGGCAACAACCAGGCAAUGAAUCGAUACGGGUCGCUAUAUUAGGUCUGACCAAUGGCUCCGAGUCCGGCCAGACCGCGAAACAAUUGUUAAGAUUACUGCUCGCGGAUCCACUGAAGGCUGAGGAAGAAUGGGAGAAAGAGGUCGACAGUCAUGAUCUGUCGCAACCGAUGAUCGUACGAGUUGGAGCCGAUAUACCUCAAGAGCUUGGGUCUAUGUCGGUAGCGACGAAAGGGAGUUUAUUGCAUGAAGUCAAUGUCUCAUCUGCUACACUUAAUGGCCACAAUCUAGAGUUGUUACUUAUGGAGGCGAACCCUUUUUUAUCUGCGCAAGAGAUAGGUGCUUUAGAGGGGUUCGAAGAUUCGGUACUAGUUCCAUCUGUCGACAUACCCACAUCAAGUACAGGAAGAUAUACCCCCAUCACGACGCCGGUCCAUAAAUCCUUGAUUGUGGCAGAUGGUAUUCUAGGUGCGGCAUCGAUAGUGUCGAUGCCCACACUGGAGAGCAAAAAUGUGAUCGCAACUGCAGUGAAUUUACCUGAAUACAAACCGGCGGAUACUUCACUUUUACCGUUUACUCCAAUCGACAUCGAGACCGCGAACCUUGGCCUGGGAGUUGUUCGCAAAGAUCUCAAAAAUGCCAUCGAGUUUGAGCACCUUUGGUUUCAAAGCAACAUCCCAAAAUUGGUCGAAUGGCUAAAGGCCGACAUCAUGGCUUCUUCUGAAGGGAUUACUAAGCCGCCAGUCAAAGAGCUGAUUGGUUCAUUGCUUAGGAAUACAUUCGCAACCAUAGAAAGUGAGCGAGCCCGCCAGCUUGGAUCGUCAUUAUCUACCACAUCGUCACCGACUUCUCUAAUAAUACUACGAAAUAGCCUGGACGAGUGGGCACAAAGUGCACACGCCGAGUUGCAAGAGCAGCUUGACUUAGCGUUCUCCAGUAAGAGAUGGCGCAAAUUAGGAUGGUGGAAACUAUUUUGGCGUGUGGAUGAUGUGGGGAUGCUCACCAAUGACAUCCUUAGUCAGCGCUUUCUAUCGGACUCGGAAAGAAAUGCCAUUUUCCUCGCUGGAAGGAUGAAAGAAGCUGGCUUUGAUCUGGGUCCUUUCCCAAAUCCAGCUUCUCCCGAUGAAAAUGCCAUAGAGCCGAAGCAAUUGGAUAUCGGGACUACUACACCACCGACGGCUCCUUGGCCCGUAAACAUCCCCGGUACUCGACGCUAUCUUCAAACGGAAACUAUUCCAGCGUUGCAAGCGCUCGCGCAAAAACUCAUGUUACAAACGCUUAGCACGUCAGGACUCACUACCGCACUUGGAGUACUCGUCUACUUCAGCACCCUAACAGCAACCCUUUACGAAGCUGGUGCCGUUGCCGCUGUCGGUAUUGUAUGGAGCAUGCGACGCAUGCAGAAGCAAUGGGAAACAGCGCGCAAAUUCUGGGAGGGCGAAGUAAGAGAAGAAGGCCGAAAAGCCGUCCGAGGCGUCGAAACCGUGAUCGGCGACGCCUUGGAGCAAGGUCGAUCUUCCAAAGAUACGAUUGACGGACAACAAGAGCUUAACAGAGCCAGAAGUUUGGUGGAAAGGGCUCAAGAGCUCUUGAGCAAGCUGAAAUGAAGCGAAGUUUACUCCCUAUUGUAUAAAAAAUGAUUGUACAUUGAUAUGAUACCAAUAGAAAUGGCAUGAUAUGCCAAGCUACUCCUAUUUCAGACGCAGUGGCAAUUAUCGAUUCUUUGCUACCGUGGUUUUUCGUUCGGGCUAGCCGCUACUGCCUAAUUUUCUCCACGUUUAGGACGUCGAUUUGUUGAUGCUAUGCAAUCGCAUAUGUUGGUAUCCCAAAUCGAUCAGAGCUGAAUCAAUAUCCCCCAAACCCCGGUCCAAUCACAUGGGGAUAGUGGCCCUCCUGCAG